CCUGCCAACUGUUGGGGUUUCUUCGCUGCCGCUCAGCCUUUGCGCAGCAUGGACCUGCUGCUGCAAACAUGAACACGAAGCGAACAAUAAAUCAGAUCAGAAACAUGAAAACGUAAAAGGAGAAAAGUUUCACAUGUGAGGAUUUCUUCACAAGCCCGACUCCCUGCGCUACAAACUGAACAGGCGCAAACCAACUCCAGCCUGACAAAUGACGCAUUUUUCAUCACUGAUAUAAAAGCGCGGCAUCAGUCCUGCCAGCAGCCGACAUUUGCAGUUACGAACUUCUCUGCAGACCUCAGCAGCGCAGCAAUCUGCUAUGCGCUCCAAGAGGUGUCGCGGAGCGACGCGCACCGGGCUCUCCGCGGAAUAACCGAACCUCUCCGAACCAGACAGCGUUUACGCACCAUGGACGGCACCAACAACACGACGGCCUGGCCCGAGUUCGACAACACAACGAGCAGACCCAGAUCUGAGGACCGGGAAAUUAAGCUGAGCUACCAGGUGCUCACGUCCUUCCUGCUGGGCGCGCUCAUCCUGUGCGCAAUCUUUGGGAACGCCUGCGUCGUCGCUGCCAUCGCGCUGGAGCGCUCCCUCCAGAACGUCGCCAACUACCUGAUCGGCUCUCUGGCAGUCACCGACCUGAUGGUGUCGGUGCUGGUUCUGCCCAUGGCGGCGCUCUACCAGGUGCUGAACCGCUGGACGCUCGGACAGGUUCCUUGCGACAUCUUCAUCUCACUGGACAUGGUGUGCUGCACGUCCUCCAUCCUGCACCUGUGCGCUAUCGCUCUGGACCGGUACUGGGCCAUCACAGAACCCAUUGAAUACAUGAAGAAGAGGACACCAAGGCGAGCUGCGGUUCUGAUCAGCGUCACCUGGCUGGUCGGUUUCUCUAUCUCAGUGCCGCCGAUGUUGGUGAUGCGCUCCCAGCCCAGCAGCGUGGCCGCGGACAGCGCCAACCCAAAGGAGUGUAAGAUAAGACAAGACCCCUGGUACACGAUAUACUCCACCUUUGGGGCUUUCUACAUCCCCCUGACCUUGAUGCUGGUUCUGUACGGAAGGAUUUUCAAAGCCGCGCGGUUCCGGAUACGGAGGACUGUGCGUAAAACUGAGAAAAAGAAAGUUUCUGACUCGUGCCUCGCGCUGUCUCCCGCGCUGUUCCACAAAAAGCCUCCCGGAGACUCGCAGGGGAAGAGCUGGAAGCGCAGCGUGGAGCCGAGGCCGCUGCCGAGCGCCAACGGCGCAGUGAAGCACGCGGAGGACGGCGAGUCUCUGGAGAUCAUCGAGGUCCACAGCAGCUCCAAAUGCACCCUGCCGCUGCCCAACACCCCGAGCUCCGUGCCUUUGUUCGAGAGCAGGCACGAGAAGGCCACCGAGGCCAAGCGGAAGAUCGCGCUGGCGCGUGAGCGCAAGACGGUGAAGACUCUGGGCAUCAUCAUGGGCACCUUCAUCCUCUGCUGGCUGCCCUUCUUCAUCGUGGCGCUCGUCAUGCCGUUCUGCCAGGAGUCGUGCUACAUGCCGGGCUGGCUGGAGGACGUGAUCAACUGGCUGGGCUACUCCAACUCUCUGCUCAACCCCAUCAUCUACGCCUACUUCAACAAGGACUUCCAGAGCGCCUUCAAGAAAAUCAUCAAGUGUCAUUUCUGCAAACCGUGAAGGUCGCAUGUUCUAGUCUCAUAAUGUCCCGCGUGUCCCGGACUCAGCAGUGCCCGGAUCUGACAUCCGGGUCCAGAGAGACGCAGCUGACUGACUUCUGUCUCUCCGAUCAUCAGACGUCUCUAGAAAGCUAUGAUGGUCUGACUGAAGCUCCAUGUUUCUGUUCUGUAAACUAAUAAAAUAAGUAGCUUUUUCAUCUUUUCUCUCAGGUUUUUCUUGUUUUUAGUGGAUAACAGUUUUUAUAACUCUGCAGAAGCAGAAAAAAUGAUCAUUUAAAUUAAAGAAUUUAUUUCAGGUGUAAAAUCUGGGGAAUUUGGAUCAAAAAAGCACAAUUUUGUAAAAAUUCUCCCAUUUUUCUUAAAGUUCGAGUCAAAUUUAAAGCGGGUUGAGUUAAAACGGCUCACGUGAGCAGCUGCAGCACUGACACACCGUCUAACGUCUGGUAAGUGGUGAUUAAGCAGCAGGAUGUUAAAACGGUCACGUUCACAGCUGGGAAGGAAUGCAAAUGAUGCCAUUAAACAUGUUGCUUCUGUUCCUGCGGCGCCUCCAAACGAACCCACCCAGAACCGGGUUGGCUGCAGAGCCCACAUCUUAGCCCUGCUGAAGAAGAGAGGAUGAGGAUGACACCUUCAUCCUUCUUCCUGAUCAGCUAAAAACAAAACAAAAUAAAACGUUUCUGAU